AUGUCCAAAGAACUCUACGCCAAUUCCAAAGACGACGCCGUCUACUCCACCUCCUUCGGAGUCCCCUUCCCCCACCACCCCUACUCUGCUCAGCGAGCUGGUCCUACCGGGCCUUUGCUGCUCCAGGACACCUAUCUAAUUGACGCUCUGGCCCAUUUCGACCGAGAGCGAAUUCCCGAGCGAGUUGUCCAUGCAAAGGGAGGAGGAGCCCACGGCUACUUCGAGGUCACCGAUGAUCUGUCUGACAUCACCUACGCUGAGCCCUUCCAGAAGGCCGGCUACAAGUGUCCCGUGACGGUACGAUUCUCAACUGUUGGAGGUGAGCGAGGCUCUGCUGACUCAGCUCGAGACCCCCGAGGCUUCUCCAUCAAGCAUCGAACCGACUGGGGUAACUGGGACAUGGUGGCCAACAACACCCCCAUCUUCUUCAUCCGAGACCCCAUCAAGUUCCCCCACUUCAUCCACACCCAGAAGCGAGAUCCUCAGACCAACCUGGGUGCUGGACCGGACGCUUCUCACUUCUGGAACUACCUGACCCAGAACCCCGAGUCUCUCCACCAGAUCACCUACAUGUUUGGAGAUCGAGGCACUCCUGAUGGAUGGAGACACAUGAACGGCUACUCUGGCCACACCUUCAAGUUCAUCAGCAAGGAGGGUAAGAUCACCUACACUCAGUUCCACUACAUCACCGACCAGGGUGUCAAGAACCUGUCUGCCGAGAAGGCCGGUGAGCUUGCAGGUGCCAACCCUGAUUCCUCUCAGCAGGACCUGUUUGAGGCCAUCGACAACGGGGAUUACCCCUCGUGGACGGUCUACGUGCAGACCAUGACUCCCGAGCAGGCCGAAAAGUUCCGGUACUCCAUUCUGGAUCUUACCAAGGUUUGGUCUCACAAGGAAUUCCCUCUGCGAAAGGUCGGCAAGUUUGUGCUCAACAAGAACGCCGACAACUACUUUGAGGAGAUUGAGCAGGUAGCAUUCUCUCCUUCCAACCUGCCCAACGGUCUGGAGGCCUCUGCUGACCCUGUUCUGCAGUCUCGACUCUUCUCCUACCCCGAUACUCAUCGACACCGACUGGGUCCCAACUUCAACCAGUUGCCCGUCAACCAGCCUCGAACCUUCCAGAAGGGGUCUGGAUGUCCCUUCCUGGCCGGAAACUUCCAGCGAGACGGAAACAUGGCCAUCAACAACCAGGGCAACCGACCCAACUACCUGUCGACCAUCCGACCCAUCCAAUCGGUUUCUGUGCCUGACGAGGACUUCAAGAGUACUCACAACUACACUGGAGUGGUCACCAAGAAGAUGGAGGACGAGUCCUUGUCUGUGCAGACCGAGGAGGCCAAGAAGCACGAUGAGAAGAUCUGGGAGGGCGCUUCUUACAUCUACGUGUCUGGAAUCCAGGACAUUGAUGCGGAGCAGCCCCGAGCUCUGUACGAGAAGGUAUACGACGAUGCUGCCAAGGCUCGGUUCAUUGAGAACGUGGUUGGUCAUGCUUCAUCGAUCAAGCAGCCCGGACUUAAGGAGCAGGUUGCCAAGUACUUUGGCCAGAUCAACGACGAUCUCGGACAAAAGGUGGCUAAGGGUCUGGGUGUGAGUUAUUAG